AUGCUACACACAGAGAAGAACACGAUCAAUGGAACCACUGUUUCUAUCGUCAGACUGAAAAUCGGCAACCGAACUGCUGUCUACAAAACCGAAAACGGAAAAGUAACGGCGACGGACGGUAAAGGGAACCCCCUUCCUCCUGAGGAUGAUUUCUUCGGAGUGAAUGGGAACCCCCCAAGUGUCACGGGCGGACCCAGUCCAUCGGCAUUACCUGAGACAACCAAAGCCCCUUUAGAGGAAACAACAGAAGCGGAUCGAAAAACAGAAGCUCCUAGUGGUCCAGCGACGACGGAAACACCGGAAAUGAAGAGUGAAUCACCUGCACCACCUGAGCGGACUACAAGAGUGGGGACCUCAUAA